AUGGAGAAAGGCAUACCACCGAUCCCAGCGCUCUAUGCAUGCUAUCUACUGCGCUCUAUAGCGCGACACUCUUCGACUUAUAUCGGCUCUACGCCUAAUCCACCGCGUCGUCUCAAGCAGCACAAUGGAGAAUCCAAAGGUGGAGCUGUUCGCACAUCAAGGGACACGCUUCGCCCGUGGGAGAUGACAUGUCUUGUGACGGGUUUCCCAAGCAAGAUCGCUGCUCUGCAAUUCGAGUGGGCAUGGCAGAACCCAAAUCUAACCCGACACAUAUCCCCAAGCUCUCGUAUAACACAAACAAAGCAGACUUCUCGGAUUUCUCCCAGAACUGGCAAAGUCCGAAAGCGUGCUGCGCGGCCUCGAUUAUGCUUGACGGACCGAUUGGCAAAUCUUCAUCUCCUCUUGCGGGCGACCAGCUUUGAGAGAUGGCCGCUCAAAGUCACCUUCUUCUCGGAGGAUGUUCAUCGAAUGUGGCUCAGAUGGACAACGCAGCAGUUUGAGAAGCUCAGGCCCUGGAUCGACAUUACUAUGGAUGAGUCUAGCUGUGCUCCCAAGAAAGGUCAGACCGAAGCCGUCCCGUCGGAUCCAAGUCCUAAAGGUAUUCAUGCGCUGGAUCUUGGCUACACUGGUCUGAAACCACAAAUUGAGAAAUGCCGUGAGCUGUUUGACGUGCACAGGAGCGUCGAGUGCUCAAUAUGCUGCAAAGAGACCCCUAGCACGGGCUUUGGCACUCUGGUCUGCCCUCAUGAAGGCUGCAGAUCGGUCUCGCAUUUGCAGUGUCUCGCGUCUUCCUUUCUCAAGGCUGAAGGAGCAAGCGCGAACGGKGCUAUUGUCCCCACGAGCGGCAGCUGUCCAACAUGCAACACAAAGCUCAUGUGGAUUGACCUMGUGAGAGAUCUCAGCUUGCGAAUGCGCGGGGAGAAAGAGAUCAAGGCUAUCUACAAACCCAAACGCGCGAAAAAAGGCGCGGCCGCUGUAGAUGAUGAUUCGGAGCCCGUCUCCGAUGACGAUGUGCCGGACAAUGUGCUACUAGAAGAGGACGGGUAG